CCUUACUUUUUUUUGCAGUUGAGAGAAGAAUGUACAGACUUCGUUCGGCACGUGCCGCGCUGGCACGUGCGUUGGUACACUCCUUCAGCUCCGCCGCGGCGACCGCGCCGUCGGUGCCGGCGUUUCCUCUGAAGCAGGUAAUCAAGUCGAACUUCGAGCCGGCUCUAGCCGAGCUUCGGAGCCAUGUUCGAGCCGCGGAUUUCGUCGCCAUUGACCUUGAAAUGACCGGCGUUACUAGCGCGCCGUGGCGUGAGUGUUUCGAGUUCGACCGCUCCGAUGUAAGGUAUCUUAAGGUCAAGGACUCCGCUGAGAAGUUUGCCGUUGUUCAGUUCGGCGUUUGCCCCUUCCGUUGGGAUUCCUCCAACCAGUCCUUCAUUGCAUACCCGUUCAAUUUCUACAUUUUCCCAAGGCAAGAGCUGAACAUUGAUGGUUCUUCCUCUUAUGAAUAUCUCUUCCAGACUUCAUCAAUUGAUUUCCUGGCUAAGUACCAGUUUGAUUUCAAUGCUUGCAUACAUGAAGGAAUAUCUUAUUUAUCCAGAAGACAAGAAGUAGAUGCACAGAAACGUUUUGAUUUGGAAUACGAGGGUGAAUCAAAAGAAGUUAGAGACAUGCCGGUAGUUGGUAUGGUAAGCAUUCUGUUCAGUGACCGAAUGAAGAACAAAAUUAGUGAAUGGCGUGAUCGGCUAUUACAGUUUCAAAAUGGGGAAUCUCAAUCUCAAGGGAGUCAAAGUUAUUCCAAACAACAAUUUCAAACUAUUUUCUUUAAGAUGCGUCCAGCUAUUAGUGUGAAUGGAUUCACUUCUCAUCAGCUAAGGUUGAUUCAGCUGGUUAUUAAAAAUAACUUCGAAGAUCUUUCGUAUGUUCGUGUAAAAGGAGAAAAUGGUGAAUCUCAACAUCUAGUUGUAUAUACAGACUCAAAACACGACAGAGAUUUGCUUAUGAAAGAAGUAAAGGAUGAGCAUCGGAAACAAGCAGAGAUGAAGAUCCAAGCUGCAAUAGGUUUUCGCCAUGUUAUUGACUUGCUUUCCUCAGAAAAGAAAUUGAUUGUUGGUCACAAUUGCUUCUUGGAUAUUGCACAUGUCCACAACAAAUUUGUCGGUCCUCUUCCGCUGGAAGCUGAAGACUUUGUUGCUUCUAUUCAUAAGUACUUCCCUCACAUUAUCGACACCAAAAUACUACUGAAUACUCAUCCUAUACUCCAACAACGAAUGAAGAAGUCCAAGACAUCGUUAUCCUCAGCAUUCACCAUGAUAUGCCCACAUAUUGCUCUUAGUGUAAGUAGUGCUGUAGCAUCUGAUUCCUAUGUUAAGGUGGAGGCUCAAGUCGAUGAUUCAAGGUGUUCGAGCUGGAAUGCUGGAGGCAAGCACGAAGCUGGAUACGAUGCUUUUAUGACAGGAUGCAUCUUUGCUCAAGCAUGCAGUUAUAUAGGCAUCGAUUUUAAACUCCAUUCCUCAACCGAAAACUUAGCAUACAAUGAAAAACUUCAAAAGCACAUCAACCAUUUGUAUCUCAGCUGGACCAAUGCAGACAUUAUUGAUCUAAGAACCGGUAAUAAGGUCACCGAAACUUUGGAAUCCAACCCGAAAAGGCGAUUCUCCAACAUUUCAUUCGAGAAUAUUGUGUUGAUUUGGGGUUUUCCAUCCAAACUCAAGGCCAAAGACAUUAGAUGUUGCAUCACAAAAGCAUUCGGUUCAACCUCUGUAACUUCCGUCUACCAUUUAGACGAAACAGCAGUUUUCGUCUACUUCUCUAAAACCGAGUUUGUCUCCAAGUUUCUAAGCUUAAAGCAAAACUUAGAGAGAAGUAACGAUGAUCCAAUUUCGGUUUUGAAUCCUCUCGCUGAACUUUUAGAAGGUAGGAACACCCAUGCUGCGGAUUAUGAAACUUACAAAGACAUUUGCUCUUCCCCAAUGUCGAAACUCUUAUUCGCAAAUCAAGCAGAAGCAACAUGUUCUAAAUGGAAGAAAACCGAGCUUGAAGAGACCGAGGCAGUAGUCGAAAACCGAGGAUACUCAACGGAGACAGCUUCAGAUAUAAAAAGUGAGUCAUUUGUUGAUCGAAUCUCAUGUGAUGAUGAUAAGGUCAUAAAUUGUUUAUAUUCACUUCAAGACACUCAAUCAAGAACUAGUAACUUUAGCUAGGUUGACUCGAAAUCGAUCAAACCAAUUCAUUUAGUAACAUUUUCAUACAUAGGACUCAUAAUAUGACAGUUAAAUUAGUUAUGUGACACUUAGUGCAGUAUGUCACAUUAAAUGAUGAUCUAUAAUAGGUUUUAACGGCUGUGAUCAUCCUAUUGUAUAUGAGUGAAAUAGGCUUAUUAGAAAAUUAAAAAAAAAAAAGAAACAGAGAAAAUGGGUUAUUAUUUAUGGUAAGAGGAACAAGUUAGUAGCCAUCAUUUUCAUAAUUUAUUAUUAUUAUUAUUUAUUGAAUAUUGCAUUAAAGUAAAAUUCCUUCAUUGGAAUGUUUCAGAAUUUA